CGGCGCGAAGUUCGGACCCGGGAAUUCCGAAGGAGGGGUCGGCGCUGCGCGCGCGCCGGGGCCGCGCCCCUCCCAGCCCCGGCUUCUCGGCUGUCAAACAGCUGCGGGGGCGCCGGCUCCGGCAGAGGAGCCCUAGAGGUCCCGGGCCGCCGCACGGCCUGGCACCGCCGGAAGAGACCACUUGGAGACUGCACCGCGCAGGACCCCCCUACACACGCACACCUCCAAUUUUUAUUUCCCCGGAAGCUGCUUAAUGUGUCGUUAUCUUGCACAGAUCGGAGGUUUCCCGAACAUUUUGCGGCCUGAGGACCCAGUUCUGCAGAGAUGCUAUAGGAUGUGUUCCUGUCUUUGCAUUACAUCAAGACCUUCCUGGAAUUUUUCCCUUGCAAGUCUGCUUAACAACCAAUUUUGCACUGAGCGCCUAUGCUGCUUGCCAUCUGAAUUUGCACUACUCAGGUAGUGUGGUCAAAAUUGAAAUUGCACACCGCACAGCUCAAGUCUGCAUCAGACUGGAAAGAAAACAUAAGCCAACAGUGGAUGGCCCAAGAGUGGGAAAGGUGAUAGAUGCCUGAAGUGGAAGAGGUGGUGCAGAGGGGGCACUGCCCAUGCUGCCCUGCUUCCAGCUGCUGCGCAUAGGGGGCGGCAGAGGCGGUGAUCUCUACACCUUCCACCCCCCCACCGGCACUGGCUGCACCUAUCGGUUGGGCCACAGGGCUGACCUGUGUGAUGUGGCCCUGCGGCCCCAGCAGGAGCCUGGCUUCAUCUCUGGGAUCCAUGCUGAGCUGCAUGCUGAGCCCCAGGGUGAUGACUGGAGGGUCAGUCUGGAGGACCAUAGCAGCCAAGGGACUUUGGUCAAUAAUGUCCGACUCCCAAGAGGUCACAGGCUGGAGUUGAGCGAUGGGGACCUCCUGACCUUUGGCCCUGAAGAGCCCCCAGGAACCAGCCCCUCGGAGUUCUACUUCAUGUUCCAGCAAGUCCGAGUCAAACCUCAAGACUUUGCUGCCAUUACCAUCCCACGGUCUAGAGCAGAAGCUGGGGCUGGGUUCCAGCCCGUGCUGCCCUCCCAGGGCGCUCCACAGAGGCCUCUCAGCGCCCUCUGCCCUGCCCCCAAGGCCACACUGAUCCUCACCUCUAUCGGCAGCCUCAGCAAGCUCCAGCCCCAGCCCCUCACCUUCUCCCGGAGUGGGGGUGGGCCAAAGAGCCUGUCUGUUACCACCCCACCUGGGGAAGUGGGGACCACCCCUCCUGCCCCUCCCCCACGAAAUCGCAGGAAAUCUGUUCACCGAGUGUUGGCAGAACUGGAUGACGAGAGUGAGGAUCCUGACAGCCACCCACCAGUCCUUAUGGAAGCCAGGAAGAAACUCCGUGUAGAGAAAGCCCCACUGACACCCAGUGUAAGUCGGCGUGGCCGUCCUCGGAAGCACCCAGUCAGCACCCCCAUGGCUCCCCCUGCAGGUGGGGGCGGGGAGUCCUGCGCAGCUCCUUGUUGCUGCCUGCCCCAAGAAGAGACAGUGGCCUGGGUUCAGUGUGAUGGUUGUGACGUCUGGUUCCAUGUAGCCUGUGUUGGCUGCAGCAUCCAGGCUGCCAGGGAGGCUGACUUCCAAUGCCCAGGGUGCCGUACAAGCAUCCAGACCUAAGGUCUAGCACCAAGGCCCCAGAAGACAACUCCAUGCUGCGGGUGGACAGUGGAGUGCAAAUGGACCUGACAAAUGCUUCCCGUUCUUCCCUUCCCUCCCCAGGAGGGAAUGGCUACAGGGAAUAAGGGUGGAUUGCUUUGGAUACUGAUUGCAUUGGAUACAUGGCCAAGGUGACAGAAGAUGGUUUCUUGCCAAAGAUAUUGCUGCCUCUAAGAAGUUGCCAGUGAGCUGCAAAUACCCACUGUUACGAGCUGUAAGGCCUUGUUGCCAUGGACACAAUAUCUGUGGUCAGAGCACAUAUCAAUUGCAGAAGCCAUACCUGCAACUGAUGUAAGGAGUUCUUAAUGUGCUUAAAUGGCAUUUCCUGAGGCCUUCUGGGAAAACUAGGGGCCCAGACCUAAAACAGCUUUGCACUGUGGCUAGUCCUCUGCUGACCAGAUCAUAGUGACCUGCUUUUCAGAGCCUUGCAUCUAUUUCCAAGUAAAGAACAAGC